AUGCGCAGAAACGGCUUGACGCCAAAGGGGCGGGGCUUCCGGGCACGUCGUAUGCAUAUGACGCAAUCCCGCUUUGACGCAUGCGCAGAAGGCUUCCUGGCAAACCAGGGGCAGCGCAUGCGCAGAAACGGCUUGACGCCAAAGGGGCGGGGCUUCCGGCCUCGUGCGUAUGGGCUACGCAUACGGCCCCGGAAACAUCCGGCCCGGGAAAGGCGGGUUCACUGCCGGCCCGCGCGGCGCGCUGGAGCGGCCGUGGAGGUUCGUCCAGAAUCGUACGUUGACAAGUCAAGGGGAGCUGAACUGAAGUUUGCCACAGGCCAUAACACUUGUGUGUUCAUAGACCGCUUUCCUUGCUCGCUGCUUUCAGAUUUGAGCAUCUCUGCCAUGGACGUACCAGGAGAGCAGCAGCAGGACGUAGAGCACAAGCCAUUUAAACAACGCUUGGAUAAAGCUGCCAGUCCUGUGACUCCAGAAGCCGCGACACACGAACUGGGGAAAGAAGAAGAAAAGGUGUUCGAUCCAAAUGCUUUGGAUGCCGAUCGCUGUGAAAGCUGUUACGGGGCAGAGUCAGAGGACAUUCGGUGGUGUAAUACUUGUGAUGAUGUCAGAGAAGCAUACAGGCGACGAGGCUGGGCCUUUGAGAACCUGGAUAGCGUAAAGCUGUGCAAGAGGGAGGGAUUUUGCCAGAAAAUGCAAGAGUGGAAGAACGAGGGCUGCCAAGUGUAUGGUUCCCUAGAGGCUUCUUGGAUUAAAAGAACAGUUGUGCUUACAGCCUGCAAACAUCCUGGCCAUCCUUUUUUCACAUUGCCCAGUUGUUUGGAGAAAGACCCCACAGCUGUUCUCUAUGUUCCCAGUCUUUGAGUGUUCAAACCCAGGGCAAGGUGUUGUCAUUCAGGUACAAACAGCUCAGAGGGCUUAGACAAACUGAGCGGUCCCAAUGCAGAUGCAGGCAUCGGAGCCUUUUUUUAAGUCCUUAAAGGCUACUUGGCAUUUAGGGUUCUCUUUUGACCCCUUUGAGGUUUCACAAAGGGGUUUUACCAAUAAUCCAUAGUUAAGAAUUCAGUCUGCACCACCCGACCACACCCCAAAAUGCCCUCUGCUCUUGUUCAGUUCUUGCUUCUGGAGUUUGGCAGAUCACGUAUUUUCUGUCAGCUCACUGUCUCUGUUGUCCACGUGAAAUCUCAAAAUCUAAAUAAAUCAGUAUUUUUACCACCUGA